AUGGUUACUUUAAGAGGUUAUUGGGUAAUAGCAUUGCCACUUCUGAAGGUGAAAGAUGGAAAAAGAAAAGGAAGUUCCAAUCAAGCCUUCCAUACAGAGAGCCUGAAAAAUAUGGUUCCUGCAAUGGUUGGCAGCACAAAGAGAAUGCUGGAGAAAUGGAAUGAACAACAAGGAAAUGAGAUCGAAGCAUUUGAAGAAUUCAGAUUACUAACUUCAGAAAUCAUUUCAAGAACAGCAUUUGGAAGCAAUUAUGAACAAGGGAAAGACAUAUUUGAGUUGUUAGCAGAGAUGUGCAAUAUCUUUGCUAGAAAUGUUUACAAGACUAGACUCCCUUUUGUUUGUAAAAUUUGGAAAUGUAAAGAUGAUAUAGAAUCAGCAAGAUUGGAGAAGAAGAUACAAGAAUCUGUUACCCGAAUCAUAAAGGUUAACAAAACCAACGAUGAGAAAAACAGGAUUAGCAAUCAAGAUCUGAUCGACGAAUGCAAGACAUUUUACCUUGCAGGACAUGAAACCACAGUGAACAUGAUCAUAAAUGAAUCACUGAGGCUAUAUGCUCCUGUGACUAAAGUGAUAAAAAAUGUUAAGAAAAAAGUCAGAUUGGGGAAGAUCAUAAUUCCAGCUAAAUCCCAUGUUUCUGUUCCAAUAUUGGCAAUUUACCAUGAUCCUGAGAUUUGGGGAGAAGAUGUUUAUGAAUUUAAGCCAGAAAGAUUUGCAUAA